CCCACACACUGGUGAAAUAAUAAUAUGAGGAGCCAGGUUUUGUACCUUGCAGAGGACUCCUUGGCCACAAUGGAACCUGGGACCCAUCACUGUGAGGCAGAAUGCAGCAAUACAUACCGUUAUGUGCUUGCAGGAGAGAUGGAAGGCAGUGAUGAUGAUGAUGGAGUUCCCCAGCUCUCCUCCCAUGCAUUAGCAGCUCUCCAGGAGUUUUAUGCUGAGCAACAGCAACAGGAGACUCUGAAACUGGGGCCUGAAUAUGAUAAAUUCUCUGUUGGGUCAGUGGAAGAGGACUGGCAAUUAAGCCAGUUUUGGUACAGCGAUGAAACUGCCCUAAGCCUGGCCAAGGAGGUGAUAGAAGUCUGUGGAGAAAAUGGCAGGAUUGCUUGCAUCAGUGCCCCCAGCAUCUAUCAGAAGGUCAGAGGGCUUGCCAGAGAGAGCUUGCACGUGCAGCUCUUAGAAUAUGACCAGCGCUUUGCAAUUUAUGGAGAUGAUUUUGUCUUCUAUGAUUACAAUGAACCACUGAAGCUGCCGGAGAGCCUGGAGCAGAGUAGCUUUGAUAUAGUCAUUGCAGACCCCCCGUACUUGUCAGAAGAGUGCCUGCGGAACACGGCACAGACCAUCAAGUACCUCUCCCGGGGGAAGAUCAUACUGUGCACAGGCGCUAUCAUGGAGGAUCUGGCAGCUCAGAUACUUGGCCUUAAAAUAUGCAAGUUUAUCCCAAAACACACACGAAGCCUGGCUAAUGAGUUUCGGUGCUACUCAAAUUAUGAACUUACAUUGGACAGGUUGGCAUGAUGCUUCCCAUAUCUGUGCAGUUUGCUCUGGCAGGGUUAUCCCUGACACAUAGCCAGCAGAUGCAGUAUGAAGCUGGCCUUCCUCUCUCAUCAUUUGCCUCUCACACUUUAUCAGAUUUGUGAGUUUUUUGUCCACAAAAAGAGAGUUAGAAUGUAGUGUAUGGCUGCUAAUAUUAAUAACUGGCAGUGUAACAUUUAUCAGCUGUCAGUCUGGAAGACCAAAGGAUGGAUGCGGACCCCGAGAGUAACAGGUUUAAGUGGUGAUUAUAUGUUUCCUAGGGCUAACCCUCUAGAGUUGGCUUUGGGGGUCUCUGUAAGUAAAUAAAAUGACAUAUUUGAUGUGA